AUGACCAGUAUGAGGCCUGGGAUGUAUGAGAUCUUAACAACAAAAGAAAUCUUCUCACCAAAAAAUUUACUAGGUCCUGUGAGAUGGCUGAGCAGAUAAAAUUGCUUGCCACCAAAUCUGAAGACCUGAAUUCAGUUCCUGAAAUUCACUUGACUUCAGCAGCCUUAGAUAAGGGAUGCCACAUUUACUUGACUUGGAAAACUCAGCUAAAAAUAGUUAAUCAAAAUACAAUACUCACAUAUCAUAUUGGACUAGGUUUUGUGAAGUUGCUUCUUGUUUUAUAAAGGUGGUUACUUCUCACCAAUGCAAUCUAAUCAAGCAGUUUUCUUAAACAGAGCCUAACUUCUGUUUAGUUAUCCCUCCAAUUAUGACAAGUUAGCAAGGUCACCUAGAAUCCUAGUUUAGCACUGUGAAGGACAGACAUUGUUCACAUUAUUUACCCCAAUGCUGCUAGGCUCUAUUCUUUGUUUUCUGAGCAGAGAAAACAGGUCCAGAGAAGCUACUUGGCUUAUCAAGGUCAGAAUAUGUCAGAUAUUUAAGUCAGUAUCCAGAACUUUCUGAAAUUUGCACAGAGCAAAUAAGUGUCCAUUAUGUUUUUAACACUCAUGAAACUGUGGGCAAUCAAGAGUGCUGGGGGUAGUCAUAGGAAAUCCCUUCUAGUGUGAUCAACAUCUAAUAGAAGAAUGCACGGGUAAGCUGUUCAGUUGAUGGAUGGUCUAUUUAUGAACUAAACACGUCGGUUUACGACUCCUAGCAGGUAACAAAGCAGGGGCAGUAAGUUUUGUGUGUCCAAGUAAGAUUUGCUUUGCUUGUUCGGCAGCUUAUAGAACAUAAUCAGCUUUAUAUAAAGAAUUGGGACGUGCACGGUACGUUACUGAACUCCAUCCGACUCUCUCAUUUAAGAGAAAACUCCCAGAUGCCAGGGAAGGCCAUACAUUGAAAAUGAAUUUUUCUCUAAUCAUGUCGUCUUGGCUCUUUCAAACCUCCCGGUGAAAGCAAGGGUGGAACACUUCCAGGCUGAGCGCCGGAAGACUCGGAAUUGACGUUAUUCCUCGGCCCAGUUGAGAGGGGUUGAGGCUGUCGGUAACUACGCACACAAGCUACGGUUUUCAUAAAUCAGAAGCUUAAACUUCACCAGAGAAACCAGCGCAGAGACAAAGCGCCCCGCCUGCCACGCCCCCUCGCUCUGACCAAUCGCAGCGGGUGCGGCGUUCGCGCUCAGCAGCCUGGGCCAACCAGCUACGCCGGAGCGGGAGCCGGAAGGGACGGGGCGUCGGUUGCCAGAGAAGCCGCUAGCCGGUAACUAGCUCCGCUUGGCGCUGAGGCGGGCGCGCUCUGGCCACCGCAGGCUGUGCUGGGUGCUCGCCCGCCUUCCCCUUCGGACGCCCUGCCAUCCUUUCUUGCCUUCCACUCUGCCCCCUGCGCCCACUGCCGCCGAGUAGACCAGCAGUCGGACAGGACCACAGAGGACUCCAAGACAUCAUAGAAUGAAAACAGUACAGUUGUAAUAAAUGAAAUGAAACACAGGGUCAUAAUAGGUGACACUGAAUUUGAGGUUCUCAUGUAUUGGCCUGCAACUUGCUGUGUAGCAAAGGAUGGUCUUGCAGAUAUUCCUACCUUAGUGAGCCCAAUUUUGUAACACCGGAGGAGGCAACACAGACAAGUGUCUUGGAGCUGAUUUACCUACUGAGCCUGACAACCUCUUUAGCACCAGUCACAGCAGCUCUGUUCUAGACCACCAGACGAUUUAGCUGCUGGGGAAGAGUUGUUGCUGAAGUGACCUGUGAAGAGACUUACUGAAUCUAUGGAGAAGCCUACAAGUGGUGGAGGUCUUUCAGAGGAGCUCUUUUCAUGUCUGACAAGUAUACCAGAGACAGGACUUGUACCACAGAGUGCCAGUGAAAAUCACUUCAGCAGCCUCAAGCAGGACUCCCUCAGUGCGGAGCCGGGACUGGAGGCAACACUGAAGGAAGCUGAGUCGGCAUCCUGCUCGGUAGAAUUACUUUUGCCGUUAUUUAAGAGGACUGUGGAAGGAAUUAGUUUAGACAGUGCUAAUCUUUGUAGCUCCAAUUUGAAGAUUUCUGAACAGAAGGAAAUAUUAUCCAAAGAAUUAGACACUUUUAACCGUGUGAAAUUAGCCUUAGGGCAUCUUCUUGAAAAAGCAGACUACAAACAAACAGGAGACAACGUACCCAGCAUGCUGUUAAAGGACCUCAGUGACAAUGAGAGUAAAAAUACGAAUCUUAAGAAGAAGGUACUUGAAAAGGAGACCUAUAUUCACGAACUUUCAUGUCUGUUUCAGAAUGAAAAGGAAAAUGCUUUGAAAGCAAACCAUUUCUCUCAGUCAGUAAAAGUAGUACACGAUCGACUGCAGCUCCAAAUUCAGAAGCGGGAAGCAGAGAAUGAUAAGUUGAAGGAGUACAUGAAGAGCUUGGAAACCCAAAUAGCCAAGUGGACCUUGCAGGUGAAAAUGAACAAACGUGAAGCUGAAAUAGUCCAAGAAGCACAUAGGCAAAAAGCUGCAGCUCUGAAAAAGGCAUCGAAAGUGUACAGACAAAGGCUAGAACACUUUACAGGGGAUAUUGAACACCUUACCUCCCAAAUUAGCCAUCAGGAAGCCAAGCUGUCUGAAGCAGUGUCAGCUUCCAAUGCCUGGAAAAGUCAUUAUGAGAAAAUCAUAAUAGAAAAAGCUGAAUUGGAAGUUCAGAUCGAAACAAUGAAAAAGCAGACCACUGAUCUUUUGGAAGACUUGAAGAAAAUGGAGACUCACGGAAAAAAUUCAUGUGAAGAAAUUCUUAGAAAACUUCACUCACUUGAAUAUGAAAAAGAAACCUUGAAUCUUGAGAAUAAGAAAUUAAAGACUACACUUGAUGCUUUGAAAGAUGAAGUUGUUUCUGUUGAAAAAGAAUUAUUAGAAUUACAAGAAGUAGAAAAACGACAGAAAAUCUUAAUUGAAGUAUAUAAAACUCAGGUUCAAAAGUUGCAAGAAGCAGCCGAAAUGGUAAAAAGCAGAUGUGAAAAUUUGCUGCAUGAAAAUAACCUAAUAAUAAAAAACAAAAGUAAAAAAUUAGAGAAGGUUGAUGGAAAUGAAAAUCUUCUAAUCAAGCUUUCUCUUGAAGAGGAAAAUUAUCUUAUUCAGUUAAAGUGUGAAAACCUUAAACAAAAAUUGGAGCAGAUGGAGGUGGAGAACAAGGAGCUGGAGAAGAAGCUGGCGGAGCAGGAAGACUGUCUCCUGCAGAGCGAACUGAAGCUGAAGGAGAAGGUGUUGGAGUCCUCGGCGCUGUCCAGGCAGCUGGAAGCCGCUGUGGUGGAAGGCAGGCAGAAGGUUUCUGAAGAAGUAGAGAAAAUGUCAACUAGAGAGAGGGCUUUCCAAAUUAAAAUAUUAGAUCUGGAAACUGAGCUUAGAAAGAAAAAUGAAGAGCAAAACCAGCUUGUUUGCAAAAUGAACAGUUCUAGAGGCCGUUUGGGAAGGAACUCACACUGUGAUUCUUGCAACUCCCCAAAGCUAUCAAAGGGCCAGAAAGCAAACCCUGAGUUCAUCACUCUGGAAUCCAGCCUUAGAUGCCAAAAGCAAAACAAAGAGGAACCCAAUGAACGGAUGGUCUCGUGAAUCCACCAAGAAAUUCUCCUGGUUCUGUAGUACUUGUAAUGCUCUUGCCUUUUCUCCUCCCUCACAUCUCUUUCUAGACAUCAGUUGAAGACUUUCUUUCCUACCUUUAUCCCACAGUUAUACAAAUAAAGCCACUUAUGCACUUUUGAUGCCUUUUAGAUAGGCUUACUGGAGGGAUACUUGACUGAUAUCUAUGUCUCCAUUCAGCUCUACUAACAAAGAGUCUUGGGAGGAUAGGUUAGGAUUAGUCAUGAUUUGGGCUGAAAAAGAUGGGGUUAAUGGAAUGCUGGGAGGACAGGGUUGUAUAUCAUCUCAACCACAAAUAUAACUCCAAGGUCUUAAGGCACUUUUUAAAGAAUGAAAAAUUUGGGAACUUUCCAACCUCCUAUAAGAAUGGUUUGGAAACUGUGAAGGUCUUACAGGCUCCAUGCUAACUUCCUUGGUAAUCAGUGGGUGUCCUGAUCCUGUAUUAUACUAAUUCAGGCUUAUUGCUUAUUGAGUCAAGCUAUUAGCAAAUGACUGUCCCCUCCCUAUAGCAAUUGCUAAUUCAAAGAUAUAGCAGAAAGAGAACCAAGGCCUUAAUGAGUUUGAAGAUAAGAAAAUAAGUGGAGAGAUUUGUAAGAAACAUUAAAUAUUCUUUUAUUUC